GUAAAAUCCAAACCAUAAAAUAAGAAUAGCUGUAGUAGCCAUAAAAAGACGGCCCUCAUAGACAAAACCAGAUUCAUUGGGAUUAUUUGAUAGCAUACUUUCGGGAGGCAGAGUGUUAAGAAUGUUGUCUUUCUUGGUAAUAUGUUUAUUCUGGGUGUUAUCCUCACUAAGUAACAGUAGUGUCGUAGAUGGUAAAGCAAAUCUGACAAAAAUAACUUGGGCCCAUGCUGUAAAUGAUGCUGAAUUUCUAUCUAGAGUACUCGAAAGUGACAUUGAGUUUAUCGAAGCCGAUAUCUCUCUUGGAUACCUAAAGGAUGAUACAGCCAAAGAAUAUGAGAUACCUAUUAUGGCGCAUCCACCAGCUACGGUUUCUGAUUUAUCACUCGAAACUUUCUUAAAGCGUAUAAUGCAGUUUAAUCAAGAGGCAAUCAUAAAUUCAUCAAAAGUAAAGGGCGUUAAGCUAGAUUUCAAAUCAAUCGGUGCUUUUGAAGAGUCCAUCGAUAUUAUUCGCAGAACUUACGAUAUGAACGCAUUUGACACUUGGAUCAACGCAGAUAUUCUAGCAGGACCGGUAGAAAACACCGCUACCGUGCCAGUAGAUCCUAUGCGAUUCUUUUCCGCAGUUAAACAGCUCGGUAAAGCAACGCUUUCUAUUGGCUGGACCACUCGUUGGGGAGAAGGUUUUACGGAUGGCUCUUACUUGGGAUCACAAGUAGAUGAAAUGGUCAACGCGAUUCGUGCAAAUGGAAUCGACAAAGCCGGGAAUCCUAUCACUUUCCCCGUUCGAGGCGGAAUUGUAGCCAACAGUGUGAAAAACAUGAUUCGGUUGUAUUGUAGCUUGAAAGACACCAAUAAUGUAACCUUCACGGUAUGGUCAAGUGCAAAUGAUGCUGUAAAUGUAAACAAAUUACGGGACUUCAUAUUUUCCAUGGGACUUGACCGUACCUAUGUCGACGUGCCGGACGAUUUGUAUCAUAAACUUCAUCUGGAACAAAAUGCUUUUAGUGACACGUGCAAAAAAACUCUUGAUGUUAAAUGUUUUGAUCAGUUAGCAUGA